UUCUUUGAGGCUUUUCAGGAGCGCACGCACUCACCGCCAUCCAAAAGAUGAUCGUGAGCUGUAAUAUUAAGACCAAACGAGUGACUUUCAAUGUUGUGGAGUUUGUAGAACGCAACGAAGUAAGUUUACACAAGAAUGACGGGCCUAUUUUCACCGUUUGGAAAUCGUGGCCUCGUGGCACUGGGGGUCGUGCUCCAGCCCGAGUUGUCUCCGCUCGCGCAGGGUCGCCUGGGUGAUGUGGAAGUGCAGGUCAAUAGCGGAGCAGACACCGAAGCCUUCGAUGCUGCAGUACCAUUCAGAAAAGGCAAAGAAGCAAAUGCAAGUGCUUGUCGUGUAGCCUUCAGCAAAACAGAAUUGAUGUAUGGAGUGCUGAAUGAAUGGCCAUGAGAGGCAAUAAGUAUUCAUUCUCGGGCUAUCGAUGUAUCAUUUUUGCACUUAGCCAAUUCCUUUUCGUUUGGUACCCGGACACCGACGCGUUUCUGGAGACGUAUCAUAAUAGAAACUGUUCCCGGUCCUACUCCUAUCUAUUUAGCUUGAAGAUCCCGCGAAGGAGCGCUGCAUCGCUCAUAUACGUCCUGCGACAGAAGUUGAUGUGGUUGCGGCCCACUCGUGUAUGAAAAUCACAACAACGGGGCUGGUGAAGAAGGUGCGAAGAUUGAUAGUAGUUCAUGUCUUGAGUGCGGGAAGGGGGACAGUUUUCACAAAAACAAGGGCCACAAGGAGGAGAACUGGCGAAGCUGGAUCAGAGACAAAUACGAGAACACCACCCACGCUUUUCGCGAUAAAUUAAACCAUACGAGGGAAUACGUGACCGAAAAAGUCGAGAAUACCACCCACGCUAUGCGCGAUAAAUUAAACCAUACGACGGAAUACCUGACCGACAUGAAGGAGAAUACCACCCACGCUAUUCGCGAUAGAUAUCACGGUGUGACGGAAUACAUAAGCGAGGAACGCGCCCUCGUUACCAUGAAGGUGCGACAGAUUACGGACGGCGUGAAGGCUCUUAACGAAAAGAGCAAGGACGUCAAGAGCUGGGCGAAAAACCUACGGAAUCUGGUAUUCUCCUUGCGUUGAUCCUUUGUGUUUUUUCAUUCUCCGGUUUUUCUCCCGUCAAAGUUCUGCAGAUAGCGAUGUGUAGUGUGCUGGUCCGAGUUUGGUGUUCGUUAAGAUUUUUCAUCUGAUCGCAUGAGUAGGGACACCUCAGUGCUUUCCUUGGAAAAAGUUGUACGCAAUGUCAACGGUUCGAGGUAGUGCUGUGCAUUUGAAUCUAUUUGUCACUGUAGCUGGGCGUCAUCAAUCCGUCGAAUUUCGCCGACUUCAUGCCGAAAGGCGAAAUCAAUCUGGGCCAUGGAAUGGAGACCCUGCAGGGGUCCGAUCUCCUGGGGAACAUGACCGAGUGGAUGGGGAAGCACGUGCUGGGCGGAAGCGACGCGCACGGUGUAUGCACCCCGAACAUGGCACUGUACGGCCCCGAGGCGCCCCCGGCGCCGCAGGAUGCCUGUGCGGCCGGGAACUACGAUCCGGAACCACUGACGCGAGACGCCGUUUUCAAGGGCUUGAGAAGGGAGGUGACAAACAGGCCUCUGUAUUACGCGCAGAAUCCUACGGCGUUGGCGACGGAGCUUCUGGAGACUGAGUGCGACAUCCACGCGGUACUAUUCAUUGCCAGAAAAUAAAGUUCUUGAGGAGCAGGCACAGCCGCCGACACAGCCGCCGACACGAUAUGUAGGACAUGUAGGCACGUUGCAAAGCAUCUGCAUGCAAGAGCCUACAUAUGCUGCAUGUGUCGUGAACUUAAAAUUUACUGCAGUGCCUACUUCUGUAUUCGCCGGACCUGAGGGAGCGCGCAUUCCUCCUCCCCCCCUCCGCCAGGGCGAGAGCCUCACAACACGGGGCAAAAAAACUUCGGGCACGCCUCGUGUGCCCGCCGACUUGUCAACCCCCCCCCAAGCAGCACGGGGACCCCGGGGCCAACACAUGGGGGGCCCGCAAUCACCCCGAUCAUGCGACUCCCUGCGCGGAAUGCGAAAAAAAAACAGCGCGGGCGCCCGCCCUCUUGGUCCCGCCCGCCCCCACAUGUUACGGCGCGCCGGGUUCGCAGCGCGCCCAUAGUUAGAUAGCACGCGAAUGGCUUCGGCCUCGUUGCGUACGCCUCUGCGCCUACUGCCGACCAGCCAACUGGCUGCCCCAUGCAUGCGAAGGCGCCACACGAAGAAGAGCCGCCGGGCGGUCGAUUGUUGUGCGGCGAGACCGCCGGGGGCCCCCUCCACCCUUGCGUCGGGGUGCCCGCUCCCGUCCUCCGGAAUUGGACCAACCUACCCCCCCCCCUUUCGCCUGGGCGAAAGGGGGUCCAAUUGUUGCACAGCCUCUAAAGUUCUUGGGGAGCACGCACAGCCGCCGACUCUGAAAUUACACCCCGGCUGGACUUAUGAUUUUCCGCGGUCAAUCUCAAUGCCCUUGGUUGUUUUUAUCCUGAACUUUCUCGGCUGUUUGGCACUGGCGGUAAACGGGCUCCGAGCCCAAUCCGUUACCCUUGCAGAGGGGGAGACUGGGAUAAGAAAAGCCGGGGGCUUGUUGUAUUCCGUUGGGGUUUUUGAGCUCCCAUAGGGCUUUUUGUGUCUGGCCUUUGCCAAUUUUACGUUGCGAGAAAGGUCACGGAUAAAACGACCAAGGUCGGAGCUAUUUAGCGUCUUUGGCGCCAUUGCUUGCGCGCUGUUUUGGGGCUGCUACGGAUUUUCGUUAUAUCGCCUGCCUUGCAGGCUGAGGGAAACCUCCGGUCCCACAUUACGUAGCUCGCUGUGUUUUUUUUUUGGGCUUGGACUUAUAUUGCUUUCCCGCCUUCCAGGGCUCCGCAGCCUUUUCGAUGGGGCAUGUUGUCCCCCAAAUUCAUCGCUGGGUCGCUUCGCUUCCUGCGGGUUCUUAGGGGUUGCUUCGGCGCGUGGCUCCUUCGGCGGUGGCGGGGUGCCCCAUCGCGGGCGCUCAUGCCCUUCCGGUGAAGACGGCUUCCCACUGGAAGCGGUGCCCCAUCGCGGGCGCUCAUGCCCUUCCGGUGAAGACGGCUUCCCACUGGAAGCCUACGAUCAUCCAAAGGAUGAUCUAUCUCUGGCUGAUUCUGUAUAAAAUAAAGUUCUUGAGGAGCAGGCACAGCCGCCGACACGAGUGUCAUCCUGAUCUCCAUUUCAUCUUCACUUGGUUCCAAAAUAGGAGUCAGUAGGCACUUCUAAAAACAAUUUGUAUGCCUUGACAGACUUGGAUGGCGUACCUGAAAGAGUCAGCAAUGAAUGAAGGCAGUGAUGCGAUAUUUUUUCUCUGUUGCAACUGUACAGAAAGGAGAAAAGGAGGAUCAUGACAAGACUGCGUGCGCUGCCAAAAAGGGGACAGACGGCACAGGCUGCUGCAAGUGGCUCUCGCUGUCACAUGAUGCCAUGACGACCACCAUCGGAAAAAUCAUGACCAAAUUGACGACAAUCGGCGAUGCUUUGUCGAAGGGAGAGGGUACUCAUUCUGAUUUUCUUGUUCUCUGUGCGUAGGACAAGGAUGGGCCGCGUGAAGUUGUUGAUGAACUUAGGAGAUUUGAAGUUGGAUGUUGACGUCGUGGGGUUCUACUUUCCUCGAACAAGCGAUUGACUCGAUAGAGAAGAACGUUGCUGCAUUUUUCCGAAGGCAUAUCGUUGUAAGUACUAUGAGCUGUUGAACCCAAUAUACAGCGACGGAGGGACAGCUGUUCGAGGCCUUUAAGCUGGCCACCAUGGUGUAUGUUUACGCCGAACACGUCGGGCCGAGAGUCGCCGAGACCAUGUUGAAGUUUGUCCUGAUCAUGACCCCGUUGGCGCCGGUUGCGGGCGUCGCGCAAUGGAUGUUUGAAGCGGUGGCCGAGCCUUUCAUCGUGGAGUACGGGCGGAGGAAUGCCCAGAUCUUUGCGGAAACCGGCUCAGUGUGAGGCGGUUUCGUGGAACUUGAUUCGGUUGUUUUAGACUUUUUCAACAAGCAAGAAAGCUACCAUCAAUCGGCUCUCUGGUCCUUCGAUUAGUUGCUUUUGAUUCGUAGUUUUCAUUUUCUAUCACUGGGUUCUUUGAGGCACGACGCUCGAACUUUUUCCCCGGAGGUAAGGGGCAUGCAGGUGUAAACGAAUGAAACAAAGAACCAAUUUUAUCGCACGAGAUUCACAGAGAUUGAGGUCGGGAGGACCCGACGCAACCCAUUUUAGGACAUGUUUGUCGCACUCGAUGAUCUCGACAAACUACAUGCUGCCUUGUACGAUAGUGCGACAGAUAGACGGAAGAAAUGGACGCCUCUCCAAGAGAGGAAGACUGGUCCUCUUCAGUGAUACAGACACCAGACAUCGUUUCACGGAAAUCAAUGCUCAGCAAACAGCAUCGCGAACCAACUACUCACAAGGGAGACAAAGUAAGACGGUCUGCGUUUUUUUGUCGUAGGACCGGUUGCGGC